UCGUCUGAUUCACCACCGUUUGAUCGCUGUUAGUGAGUUUUCAACACGAUUUUCUAACCGUCGCGUUAAUAUUACAGGAAAAACUCAAUAUUUCUUAGCAGCGUCCGUUACACAGGAGGUCAAGAUGUCGCUUGCGGGCUUGAAAAAACAAAUAAACAAAGCGAAUCAGUAUAUGAGCGAGAAGAUUGGUGGUGCAGAGCACACUAAGCUGGAUGAAGACUUUGUUGAAAUGGAAAGAAAAACUGAUGCAACAAAAGCAGCAGUUGAAGAUGUUAUGAUUAGAACCACAGAAUAUUUACAGCCUAACCCAGGUAAUGCCAGUACGGUAAAAUCUGUAUCAGAAGCCGCACCCCUGAGAGGACAAGCUAAAAAUACAAGGUACCCCCAACCUGAAAGUGUUCUUGGUGAUUCUAUGUUGAAAUUUGGUAAGGAACUUGGUGAUGAUUCAAAUUUUGGUCUUGCAUUAUUGGAUUCUGGAGAAGCAAUGAAACAGCUGGGAGAAGUCAAAGAUUCAUUAGAUUACAAUGUUAAACAAAAUUUCCUUGAUCCAAUGGAACAUCUGAAGUCCAAAGAAAUAAGAGAAAUUCUGCACCACAGGAAAAAACUUGAAUCAAGGCGUUUAGAUUUUGAUUGCAAGAAAAGGAAGCAGACCAAAGGAUCCAAUGUUUCCGAAGAUGAGAUCAGGCAAGCUGCUGAAAAGUUUGAAGAAUCAAAAGAAUUAGCCGAGAGUGGUAUGCAAAAUCUCCUGGAAAGUGAUGUAGAACAAGUUAGUCAGUUAUUAGCUUUGACUGAAGCACAAGUAGAGUACCAUGAACAAUCAUUAACAAUAUUAAAGGAACUUGCUGUUCAACUUCAAGACAGAGUAAAUGAUGCGAAUAGUCGUCCAAAGACUGAACGCAAACCUAAAAAAGUUACAGAAGGUAUUUAUGAUAAUUUUGAUAGUGCUGAUAGUGGAUAUAUAACAUCUCCUUCACCUGGUACAGGUGCAGUGAAAUCGGCAUGUGCCAAGGCCUUGUACGACUUUGAUCCUGAAAACGAAGGCGAGCUUGGAUUUGAAGAAGGAGAUAUGAUCACCCUUACCAAUAGAAUAGAUGAGAAUUGGCUUGAAGGAACUGUACGAGGAAAAAGUGGUUAUUUUCCAACCAAUUAUGUGGAGAUUGUUGUAGAUUUGUAAUUAUGUAUAUAUAGACUGAUUUACUUCACUGCCAUUCCAUCAAAACUUACAGUAACUGACAUCAUUGGUAGUAAUAUUAGAGAAUUUCCAC